GGGGCCGCCGGUGGGCCCACCCGGGCCGAGAAGCAGCCGCCUCGCGGUCACCGGUCAUCGCGGGGCGGCUGCCGGCCUCGGGGCCGCGGGUGUGCCCGCGCCCUUCCUCCGGCGCCGGGGGUCUAGUCAGCCGAAGCUCCCGUGCGUCUUCGGCGGCGGCUUCUCUCCCGCUGCAAUGGGCGUGAGGGGGUAACGGCACCCCCGGGCGCUCUGAGGACGUUUUUGGCUUUUCGGGCCGAGGGCCGAGGCGCGGGUAUUGCUGGAAAAGGGGCGGAGGCUCCGUCAGAGAGGAGAGAGAGAGCGAGGACCGUGGUGCAGAAGGAGCGCGGGUAAACGGUGCCCAUCGCCCGGGCGGUGUGCUGCCCCACGGGUGACGCGAGGAUGACCAUGGCCCAGGCUGGAGCCGCAGUUGCAGCUGCCGCGGGACUCCUCAUCUUCCUCCUGUACUCCUCUAUCCACAAGGUUGAGGAGGGGCACCUGGCUGUGUAUUACAGGGGUGGUGCAUUGUUAACUAGUCCGAGUGGACCAGGCUACCACAUCAUGCUCCCGUUCAUCACCACGUUCAAAUCCGUGCAGACCACGUUGCAGACUGACGAAGUGAAAAAUGUGCCUUGUGGGACAAGUGGCGGUGUUAUGAUCUACAUUGACCGAAUAGAAGUUGUGAAUAAAUUGGCACCGUAUGCAGUGUACAAUAUUGUGAGAAACUACACUGCAGACUACGAUAAGACCUUGAUCUUCAAUAAAAUUCAUCAUGAGCUGAAUCAGUUCUGCAGUGCCCAUACCCUGCAGGAGGUAUACAUUGAGCUGUUUGAUCAGAUAGAUGAGAAUCUGAAGUUGGCCCUGCAGAAAGAUCUCAAUGUCAUGGCACCAGGUCUCACUAUUCAGGCUGUGCGUGUUACAAAACCCAAAAUCCCAGAAGCCAUCCGAAGAAAUUUUGAGCUAAUGGAGGCUGAGAAGACCAAACUGCUGAUUGCAGCCCAGAAGCAGAAGGUAGUAGAGAAGGAGGCAGAGACAGACCGGAAGAAAGCGCUCAUUGAGGCAGAGAAGGCUGCUCAGGUGGCCAGGAUUCACUAUCAACAGAAGAUUAUGGAGAAAGAAACAGAGAAGCGAAUUUCUGAGAUUGAAGAUGCUGCGUUCCUAGCAAGAGAGAAAGCAAAAGCUGAUGCGGAGUACUACACUGCUCAGAAGCUGGCUGAUUCCAACAAGCUGAAACUUACCCCCGAGUAUCUGGAACUAAUGAAAUACCAAGCAAUAGCUGCCAACAGCAAGCUGUAUUUUGGUGACCGCAUCCCCAACGUGUUCCUGGAUUCCUGUGCCUUCCAGCAAGCUAGUCUGAGGACUGCCCAAGAAACCAGCCUUCCUUCACAGGAGGCCCCAGAGAACUCUGGAGAAAGCCACCUCAGAGCAAAGGAGAGUACUGGCUGACAGAGGUAGAAGAAUACCCGGUGUAGCUCAACAGCUAGUCCAGCUGUCGAUGGGGAUGUUGCCCUGUGCUGGUGGGGCGGAUGCAGCGCAUGCGUGGACAUCUUGUGUAUAGGUGGCAGUUGGGUUGAUUUUCUUCUAGCAACACAUUGCAAGUGCUCUGCCUCUUCCGUUUCUUCCCCUAUUAAAUUGGUGCUUCCAAAUGAGGGAUAAUCCUGUACUAACAUACCUAUACUGGAAUAUUAAAAGACAGACACCAGGAAAGCCUUCCGCAGUAGAUGCAAUUAUUUAGCAAGCAUUACUCUGGAGGUAGGAGAUGUGGCUUUGAGUACUAUGUUGCUGCACACUGGUCGUUCCCCAGUGCUCCUCGCUGAGGCCAAGCAAAGAGGGUUCCUUUGUCCUGCUGAUGAAGCUUCGCUUUGUGGACUCCAGGGCAGAUUUCUGCUGGCGCUAUCUAACUCUCCUUAAGGACUCCAGUGGAGUGGGCUCUCCUUGGCCCACGGCGACUGCGUGUUCCUGCUCAGGGCAAGGCCUGCUGAGAAGUGGUUUGGUGUGGAAUAGGUGAUUUGAAUAGGAUCUGCAUAGCCAUAAUCUUCUUUCCUGUAGGCAGAGGCGCUAGAUAACAACUCAGAGCAAGCAAUCUCUAACGGGCUUCUGUAACUCCCCCUCUCCAAGGAAGAGCCUCACGCUGGCCACCUGUGACUGACUGUAGAACGUUUCAGCUGGGUGGCUGGGUCUCGCCUUGCACCCUAAAUCACAUUUCAGAGUGCGGGGAGCACCUCCGAGCAGUUGGUUGGGAAAAGAGCUGGGAAAUCUUUGCUCAGACCUCCAGCCUCCCUGUAGGUCUUUUCAACGGGAAAAGGGAGCUGAAUUUCCACUGCGCUGCCUCGCUGGCAAAGUGAAGGGGAAGAGAAGAGUGAAGGGACCCCGCCCUGCGGCAGAUCAGAUGUUUGACACCUCAGCUGCAAAGCAGGUGAAGCAUCACUGCUCCAAGAAGUGGGACCUGCCCUUGAACAGCCACGGCGGGGAAUCUGUCGCUGUUCCUCUCAUCACUGGCCGGGCUUUGCUGCAUUGCAGGGCUUGCGACCUAACAAGCGGUGCUGGCAGGAUGAUCUUUUUUCCUGGUGUGCAUUAUAAUAUAUCCAACCCCUGCUCCCCAUGUACUGCUGCGGGGUGAGAGAGAGAGAGAUGUGCCUGGGGGGAAGAAAUCCGCUGAUAUGAUCUGCUUUCCUCUUUUCCUCUGUCCUCCCUGUGAGGACCUGUGAGGACGUGCUUGUUUCUAGGACCUAUUUCUUGUAGUGUUCUUCAACAAUCCUAGAAGACGGUGGCUGGGGAAGCAACCGGCAAGAACUUGAGCUGGAACACUGUUCCCCAGCUGGUAGCACUGCAGCAUUGCCUGCCUUUGAACCCGCUACGUGUUCAGAGACCGUCUCUCCUCUGCCGGGGGGGAGAUCUCCACAUCCGUUCUGCUUUCCUCUCUCCUCGGGUGCAGCCACACGCAGCACUCGGCCCUGGUGCAGCUCACCAGAUGGGCUGGUUGGUGGUGACACUCCAGGCACUCGGAUGGUUGGUGCUGGAGUUGAAAUCUUCUGUCCCUGGCACCCUCUGCAGCCUUGUGGCAAGGGGAGGAACACACUUAGCUUUUGCCUUGGUGAAACAUUCAACCCAAAACAAAGGGCCUGAGCUUCAGCUCUGGUAAUGAUUUCUCCAAAUGAGUUGUGUGGGUUUCAGGCUUUCCCGUUCUGCUCUCCCAUCCUGUGUCGCUUGACUCGGAAGACAGCAGUGUCUCUCCUGAAGUUUGAUAACACACGGUGCCUUACGCUGUUGCAGCUCCUGCCCUGGCUGCCUCUCCAUUUCUGGGACAAAACAAGGAUGCAUUGAUCCUGCCUCUCCUGCUGCUGCUGGCCAUCUUUGGUAAUACGUGAGCGUGGGACUUUGCAGCAAUUUCAGGUGAUCUUUCUUUCCUCCAUCUGUCUGCAAACUCCCAAGGUCUGGUUGGUGCUCUGCUCCAGGACACCCGCUCCUCUUCAGCCCUAGCCGUGGCAGAUCCCUGCUCCAGUGAGAGGCCAGCUGAAGGUGCUGAGCACCAAUCCUGGCUUCCAGGGAAGUUGUGGGUGAGCACGCUUCCUCGUGCUCCGAGGAUGAGAGGACGUGCGCUGCUGUUGCCAGGAGGAGAGGUUUUUUCAGUUUUCGCUGUAAGCACCUGGUACACAGGGGGUUGUGGCACAGCCACGUGCCUUGCAGAUCCCAGCCUGGGGAGCGCUAAGCUGAGCUUUUGCAUGCCAGGCUUGUGUCUUUACCUGCCCAAGGCUUGAGCAAACAGUGCCCUCCUGGCGAAGAGCAGCCUUUGAAGGACACUGGUGGGCAGAGGAGCAGGAGGGAUGUCUGCGUGUUGCGCCGGAAGGCAGCUCAGCCAGCCGGCAGGGCAGAGCUGAAACCCAUGGAAGGAGAGGAGCGGGCAGACGCAGUAUUUGCCCCAUUAGAUCCUGCAGUGCCCUCCCCAGGGGAAGGGUACCGGGGCAGAGAGGGGAUGGCAGCAUAUUUCAUAGCUGUGGUGUUUGAAUUGUCUCCUGGCAGUACUGUUUGACUUGCGAAGUCCCAUUUCUCCUGUGGGAAGGGCUUUGAAGAGCCAGUGGAGUCAGGUCUCUUUGACCCUCCACCUCCUUGGUGUUGCUGGCUUACAGCAGCUACUUCGGUUGAAUUUUGAGAUGAAGGCAGGCUUUUUAGAACACAAGCACUCCUGGAGGAGAUGUAUGCUUGUCUCCAUGUGGUACUUGUUGGGGUUGGGCACUACCCAGUGCUGGCAACAAAUGCUGGGCAUCAGGCUGGGUAGACAGGGUAGGUUCUGCCAGCCUGGAGAUGACAAGAAGCGAGGGCAUGGGGGGAACCCCUGGAAGCAAUAACCAGGCAGCUCACACUCUGCUGCAGUGGUCAGAGCGAGAUCCCCGUGCAGGGAGCAGAGCGGGAAAGCCUUCCAGGCUCCUGCAGGAAGGGCUGGUUCCCAUUGGAUCCGAGCCUUGCCGGGCCUCCCUGCAGGCAUCCAGGCGGAUGCGUGGCUUUGCCAUUGGUGGCUGCCACUCGGGCUAAACGUCGUCCUGCUCUGGUUGGGUAUGCAUUGGCCACCUCCUACCCGCGUGGCCUUAGGGACGCCUGGGGAUGCUCCUGAGGUGGGAAGUCCUGCAGCAACGUGUGCAUGAUGCUCAGUGCCUUCUGCAAAAGCCUCCUCCAUCACUCUCUGCUUCCUCAGGCACCGAGUAGGUGUGCAGGAAGAGGGAAUCCACAGCUUUAGCACUCCAGACUGGGCUUUGCUUCUCUCUGAGCUGGGAGCUCUGGAGCAGGAAUGCGGGUGCAACCAGGAACAUGGGAUUGAACUGUUUUUUCCCUCUGUUCACAAGGCCUCUGUGCUCCUGUGACUAAAGGGAUCUGCCACUGGAUCCACACCGUCUUUAAGGAAACAUGAUACGUAUGGUCACGUUUACAUGCACAGUGUUAACGUUCUUUUGAUAAAGCAGAAUAAAAUUAUUUUGUUACCAU